AUGUUCCGAUUCGCGCUCGUUUCACUUGUUUUCCUCGUUGCUUCCCAUGCCGAUAGCUUUUCCAACGAAACAAAAUACCGUGAGUUGAAAUCAGAUAUAUUCUGGACUAGUUCAGAAGAUUUCGAACAGUUCGAACUGAAAAAAUCUUAAAGAUGACGGUCGACUUUGGGACGUAAUCGUCGAGACUUGCGACACUGAAGGAGCUGGAACUGACGCCUCUGUGUACCUCAAGAUUUUCUACGAGUCAGGACAUGACUCUGAAGUUUUCAACCUCGAUAAUCCGAGCAGGUAGUGCUGCAAAAAAAUUGAUAACGUAUUAUUUCACAAUCCUCUGUCCAAUGCUUCCUUUUUAAUGAAGACUUAUAAGACCUAUACUAAAACUAAAUGAAGUUUUCAUGAUUUUUUUUUGAACAACUCCCGUAUAUGACGUACUACUGAGCCAGUUUUCAAGAACCUUUCUGAAAACUUAGUCCAUUCAAGGUUUUUGCACUCUAAUAGUUUCGAGGGACGACUUCGAACGUGGGACUCGAGAUCAUUUCAAGCUGUACUUCAAACAAAGUGACAUCGUCAAUAUGGGCUUGUUCUGGUGGCCUGGUUUCAGUAUUUACCAGUCUUGGUGUGUAAAUUGGGUGAGAAAAUAGUCUAUUUUCGUGUAAUAGGAAAUUUCCAGGUCCUUCUUCUGAAUUCUGACAUAGAAGCUUGUUUCGAAGGCAUUUUCGAAAAAUGGAUUCUGCACUACAGGUUUGAAAAUUAGGCAUUCAAGUUCCGAAUAUUCUCAAAAUAGAGACCCUCCGACGUACGCCACAAAAUUUCAUCGACUCAAAUUCGCUGACUGCGUUCAUCCGGGUCCUGCACAAGCCAAAAGACGUUCCUACCUUCGCUACGAUGAUGUGAUCCGAAACUCAGGCGGAUCUUGA